AUGUUUAAAUCGCUAAUAAGACCUUUAUCUGUACAGCCUGUUGUUGCUUCUAGGAAUAGCAUAGGCCCUGUGGCGCUUUCUUGUAGGUUGUUUUCCCAGUCCUUCAUAAAUUACAAGACCAACACAUCAACUUAUACAAAGGAAAAUGUACAUGAUCUAAAGACAUUCCUCACCUUGAUUGGGCGUAACUGUGUGGAGCAUUUGGAUUUGUUUGAAGGGGACUUGAAUAAAUUUAUUGAAACUCCUAGCAAGAAAAUGAAAGACAUGGGUAUCGAUACACGAACUAGAAGAUAUUUAUUAAGAUGGAAGCACAAAUUUGUCAAUAACUUGGAACCAUUGAGAGAACACAAGAGGGGAGUAAAGAAGAAUGGUGGUGAGAGAAAGGCAAAAACAGUGAAGGCAAAGAGAAAGGCAUUGCAAAGGUUGGAAGACAAGGAGAAAUUCACACAAGAAGAAAUGGACGCAGAGCAUAGAGGAGAGAGGUUGUUUUAG